AUGGGUAAAUUGGUUUGGUUGGAGCAGAAAAGCAAUCAAUCGUCUAUGGUACAGACUAGAGACAGAUCACAUCGCCGAAACUGAAAGGAGGAACCUUACUUGUUGAGCUGCUACGGUUUGUGGUCAGCAAAAACUUUAGGGAAGAUGGAAGUAAUUGCUAGUAGCUCCCGUUCUGGUUCUGGUUCUUUGCCUCUCCUCCAUUCUCACCGGGUCGGACCUCCAGUAAUCACCAAACAUCAACUGGGUCGUCGUAGGUUCUUCUUUAAUGGCAUUUCCACCAUCUGUUCUCACGAUGAAUCACAUAAUCGCGAGUUUUCCCACCUGGGAAACAACGUUGAACAGAUUCCCUCCUCAGCAGAAAGGAUGACAUUGGCUCGUGAUGAUGAUGAUACAAUUGAAGUAAUAAGAAAUGGGUUUCUUUCCAAAACGCGUAGGGGAUUGUUUGCCAGUGUGUUUGCAUAUACCUGUUAUCAUCCCUCAAGGUACUUGUCAGCUCAUGCUCUUAGUGAUCCAUCUGUGACUGUUGAACAAGUAACACCCCUUGUCUAUCCCUCAGGGAAGCUCUUCCCUUCUGAGGAAAGGAUUGUGCAACUAUUUGAGAAGAACACUUACUCUGUUGUGAAUAUAUUUGAUGUAACUUUGCGUCCUCAGCUGAAUGUUACGGGCGUAGUCGAGAUCCCGGAAGGGAAUGGUUCUGGGGUGAUCUGGGAUGGAGAAGGACAUAUUGUAACAAAUUAUCACGUCAUCGGUAAUUCGCUGUCAAGGAACCCCAGUAGUGGACAAGUCGUAGCACGGGUUAAUAUUCUUGCUUCAGAAGGGGUGCAGAAGAAUUUUGAGGGCAAGUUAGUUGGUGCAGAUCGGGCCAAGGAUCUCGCUGUGCUGAAGGUGGAAGCCCCUGAAGAAUUGUUGAGACCCAUUAAGGUGGGGCAGUCAUCUUCAUUGAAAGUCGGCCAGCAGUGCUUGGCCAUUGGAAAUCCGUUUGGUUUUGAUCAUACGCUGACUGUGGGAGUGAUCAGUGGGUUGAACCGAGACAUUUUUAGCCAAACUGGGGUAACUAUUGGUGGGGGAGUUCAGACAGAUGCUGCCAUCAAUCCCGGGAAUAGUGGCGGUCCACUUCUAAAUUCUAAAGGAGAUUUAAUUGGCAUUAAUACAGCAAUAUUUACGCAGACAGGGACAUCGGCAGGGGUAGGAUUUGCUAUCCCAUCUUCAACUGUGGUGAAGAUAGUACCUCAAUUAAUCCAAUUUGGCAAAGUUGUUCGGGCUGGUCUAAAUGUGGAAAUUGCUCCUGAUCUAGUGGCAAACCAACUUAAUGUUAGAAAUGGUGCUCUUGUUCUACAGGUUCCUGGAAAUAGUGUUGCAGGACUACUACCAACUACUAGGGGAUUUGCUGGUAAUAUCAUACUCGGGGAUAUAAUAACUUCUGUUGACAAUAAAACGCAGGUUAGAAGCAAAGCAGAAUUAUACAAAGCACUCGAGGAUUAUAAUGUGGGAGAUAAAGUAGUGUUGAAGAUCCUGAGAGGAAAUGAGAACUUAGAGCUUCCUGUGAUUCUUGAAGAAAAAGAAUGAAGUCUGUAAACAACAGUUUUAAGAGUCUUGCCAUUAUUUGAACAAUAAUCUUUGCUUAUUCUUUGUCAUAUACCACUUCAUCAUUUACACAUGAAUUCUUGACUUUGGAAGAUGAAUUGCCCACUUAAGAUUCAGUACUUUUUAUUAUUUUAUUUUGUCAGGGAAAGAAGUCAAAAGCAUAGAAAAAUGAUUGAAUAGAAUACAAGCUAUGGGUUCAUGUGAGAGUCAACUCUUGAUGGUACUUUCUUGAAGCAUGAAACAAGGAACACUUCAUUUUUAU